AUUUUACGACAGUUGUCAGUGCUUUCUGGCAGAGGUAGGUUACAAAAAGGUGCGGGGUUCCGUAGACUGCUGGCUGGAGUGGAGCAACCAAUUUGAGAAAGAUGUGACGAACGUGACCUCCUCAGUGGGAAAGAAUGAGAGAGGGAGGAGAUAAAAGAAUGGUGAGAGACCUCUCCGGGUUGUAUGAUGGAAGGACUGGGAAAGGAGAGAUCCGAGUGCAGCCCCACAACGUCCCCGUGGCUCAGUCAUCUUAAAACGGAAGGCUCGACUCUAUGGAAACUCAAAGACUGCUUCACGGCCGAUGACGCACCCAUCCCUUUGCGAACAGACAAAAAGGGCAAUGACAUGGACAGCAGAAACACUGUGCUGGAAUUGAAGGAUGUCCCUCCUCCCCCUCUGCACCAUAUGUUAUCGUCCCAACAAUCCCAGCUCUUCUCUCUGGUCCCUCUCCCUUUGCCCCCUCCUUGUUUGCUUCCUCCCCAUCUUACACAUGACCCCCAUCAACAGCAGCUUCCACUGCAACAGCAACCAGAGGGGGCUGCCCCUAAAGUAAGCGCAUGCGCCCACUGUGACUACUGUAUCACAGAGGGUUAUAGAUUAUCAGAUGGUGAAGUUGUUGCUGGUAGAAGUAUAGCCGGUGUUGUCUCACGCUGUGCAGCACCUGACUUAUUGGCAACACCUAUCUACAGCAGCAGUAGCAUCAGUAGGUCUGGGCCUUGCUCUGUAGCCCCAACUGUUGACCAGUACAAGCACAGCUGGAGCUGUGGCCCUGGAUAUGUUUAUGAUUCACAGCUCAGUUGUGGCUACAAACGUCAGAGCCCGUCUUUUGUUGCCACCUCCCAGCCUGUUUCAGCACAAUCCCAACCCACCUGCUGCUCAGGGAUCCGUCACACCUACCCAGCUGCAGCACUUCCAUGCAAUCAGCCCAGACUGUUUCCCUCCUCAGCCCCUUUGGCUCCUUCGCUCCCACCUGUUUCUACUGUCCCUGCUCCCUUACAUGGCUCUUGCCUGGCCUCUUCUGGCUGUUAUAUCUGUGGUGUGGACUGCAGUCCCAUGGUCAGAAGAAGUCAGAGAAGUGCAGCACUCUAUGAUCACCCUACUACUAGCACCACCACCGCCAUCACCACCACAACCACAUCAGCACAUCUCUGCUCUAAUCCUAUGCACUUAAAUGUUGAGCACACGGUUUGUGUGAAGGGGGUGCACUACUGCCACGAGUGCUUGUUGAAGCCAACGAAUGGUUUGGUGUCUGAGUCAGAAAAGGUGUGGCCCAAUAUUCCUGUUCCCCAAACAGCUCCUGUGUCUAUCCCCAUUUGUAAUGGCUGUGGCACCUCAUCUGAUAGCGUGCCGCUCAGCCUGGGCAAGACUAGCCAGAAGUAUGACAACUCAACUCAGCUCUGUUGGUCAGGUUCUCCAGAAAGUGGUGGUACAGAGAGCGUCCCCCCAGUGGGAGUAUUUUGGGACAUAGAGAACUGCAGCGUUCCAAGCGGACGGUCAGCUGGGGUUGUGGUCCAGCGUAUCCGCAGCCGGUUUUUCCAGGGCCACCGUGAAGCUGAGUUCAUUUGUGUCUGUGAUAUCAGCAAGGAGAGUAAAGCGGUUAUACAAGAGCUCAACAACUGCCAGGUUACUGUGGCACACAUCAAUGCAACAGCCAAGAACGCUGCGGAUGACAAGCUUCGACAGAGCUUACGGCGCUUUGCCGAGACCCACACUGCACCCGCAACUGUGGUUCUAGUAUCAUCGGAUGUAAACUUUGCAAGCGAGUUGAGCGACCUGCGUCAUCGCCAUGGUUUCCAAGUAAUCCUGGUCCACGGUAACCAUACGUCACAGGCCCUGCUGCAGCAUGCCCACUGCCAUGUGUCUUUUCAAGAUAUCACAGCUGACCUGCCGCUACGCAUGCUUGUCAAAACACAGCCCAGUUACAACCUGCUCUAUGUGCACAACCUUCCUGUCAACUGUGACAAGAGCCUGUGGAAUGCUGUGAAACUCAGGCUCCGCCGCCUGUCGGACAACUGUGGUGGCAAGGUGCUGGGCAUGUCCCAGGGCACAGCUGUCCUCCGUUUUGGCAGCCCUGAGGCAGCAGCACGUGCCCGCAAGCGAAUGGAAAAUGAGGACGUGUUUGGCCGUCGAAUCAGCCUCUCUGUCUCUCCACGGCCCAAAGACGAUGCAAGUCUAGAGUCUGAGCUUCAGCCACAGCCCCAUCACGUUACCCUGACUCAGACACUGCCCCUGCCCGAACAAAGCCAGGGCGGGGUUUUUACCCUACCUGUUGCCACAUCCUCCUCAUCCUUUCUGCCACUGGAGAAGCCAAGGUCGCCCAGGAGGGCACGGCGAGCGACCCGCCCAUGCUCCACCCCUGGCCCAGUGCCUGAAAGGCCUUACAGCCCAAAGAGGGGUUGCUCAGGGCCUCCCGGUGGCGCUCCAGCAAAGCCCCAUCAGGAGUUGGAUAAUACAGAGGGCAAACCUAAGGUUGGUUUCCACCAGAUGGAUAAAGGGUGUCCAACGUCUCCCCACAUUGACGGUGAGACAGGAUCACUGGAGCAGCUGUCAAAACCUGCCUUCAGCGGAGAAUUGUUUUACAGGAGAAGAAAGGAUGGUUCAAAUCCUCGCAGUGGGACAGAGUCUCCUGUAGAACAAGGGGGCAGAGGCUCAGUUGAGUUUCAGAUAAGCACACCCUCUGCUUUCAGCAAGCUGAACCUGCACAGAAGCUUCAGCCCACUUGCUUUGUCCCAGGGUUCUUGGUCUUCCAGGACUGCAUCACCCUGCCUUUCCAGCCGCUCUUCUCCCCUACUUGCUCCUCCUCGCAGCCCUUGUGCCGAAGGUCCACCUGAGCCAUUUUCAAAAGGAGCGGAAAUCCAGGUGGCCAAUCUUGACUACAGGAUGUCCCGCAAGGAAGUACAACAGACUCUACGUGACACCUUCUCCCGAUAUGGGCGGGUGAAAACAGUGGAGCUUAGUCCCCACACAGACUACCAACUUAAAGCCACAAUCCAGAUGCUGUCCUUACAGCAGGCCAUCAGUGCUGUGAGCGGGCUUCACCGCUACAAAUUGGGAAGCAAACGGAUCCAGGUGUCUCUGAUCACUGGUGGCCACAACAAAGCCUUGGCCAUGCUUGGCUCAGAGAUCAUCAACAUUCUUCAGGAGGCACCUGCCAGUUGCCUUCCUCUCUUCAAGUUCAUUGAGGUCUAUGAGAAGAAAUACGCUCGUAAGCUUGUGAUAAGUGAUCUCUACAGGUUACCAGAGGUAGUGGCAGUUCGGGAACAGGGGGGCUCAAGGCUUGUGUGCCUUCUGUCCAGCAGCCAAGUCCAUCAGAGUCCACUGGGAUCGGCCCAGUCACAGGAGGGCUCCUCCACAGCAAGCGGCAGCCCUGUGGUGUUUGAGGAGCUGGAGUACCACGAACCUGUCUGCAGACAACACUACACGCAGCAAGCCUUCAGUGAAGCAGACUUUGACCCAGACUCCUACAAAAUUCCAUUUGUGGUCAUGUCUCUAAGCACUUUAGCCUCUGAGGUCCAUACAUUGCUGCAAUCACACGAAGGGACCCUUCCUCUCCUCAGUUUUCCAGACUGCUAUGAAGCGAAGUUCAGCCGGCUGCAGCUGGGCAGCGAGACACUGGAAGGUGGUGUUCCUCUGGAGCACCUAAUCACGUGUGUCCCUAGUAUUACCAUCGUCACUGCUCAGAACGGCUUCAAAAUCAUCAAAUGGAUUCAUAACAAACCACCAGCACCCAACUCUGAGCCGUGGCUCCAGCGAUGCAAGAGCCCCGUGGGCAACCCUCAACUUAUUCAGUUCAGCAGAGAGAUCAUUGACCUAUUAAAGAGUCAACCGGCUUGCAUCAUACCUAUCAACAAAUUUAUACCCUCUUACCAUCAUCAUUUUGCCAAGCAGUGCAGAGUCUCAGACUAUGGCUACUCAAAGCUGCUUGAACUGCUGGAGGCUGUGCCACAUGUCCUACAGAUCUUGGGUAUGGGUACAAAAUGCCUACUGACUCUCACUCAUCGUGCUCAAGUGAAGCGUUUCACUCAGGACUUACUAAAGCUCCUCAAAUUUCAAGCCAGUAAGCAAGUUGCUAUCAGGGACUUCAUGCAGGCAUACCACUGGUGCUUCUCCAGAGACUGGAGUGUAACAGACUAUGGCACGUGCAACCUCAUUGACCUGCUGAGUGAGAUCCCAGACACCACCAUUACCAUCACACAUCUGGACACAGAUACAGUUAUCUCUGUUCCCAAGAGAGAGCGUACUGGGGAUGAAAUGGAGCGUACCAAGCAGUUCGGGAAGGAGGUGGUGGACCUCCUCCGACAUCAGCCCCACUGCCGAAUGCCCUUCAGCAAAUUCAUCCCCACCUACCACCACCACUUUGGUCGUCAGUGUAAGCUUAGCUACUACGGAUUCACCAAGCUCAUGGAUCUCUUUGAGGCCAUCCCCGAAGUCCUAAUGGUGUUGGAGUGCGGAGAGGAGAAGAUCCUGACUCUGACAGGGGUGGAGCGCGUCAAGGCUCUGGCGGCUCAGCUCAUCAAGAUACUACGAGCUCAGAAGAACUCCAGCCUUCCUGUGAACCAGCUGUUCACAGAGUACACAAAGACCUUUGGUUAUGGUCUACGUCUGCAGGAUUACGACGCCUGCUCUCUGCCUGCUUUGCUGAGCAAACUCUGCCAUGUUGUUAAGGUCGUGGAUGGCACAGAAGGCCGAGAAGUUCAGCUCAUAAACAGGAAGUCUCUGCGAUUGCUGACAUCAAAACUUCUGGUGCUGCUUAUGUCUCAAGAGGAGCAUAUUGACAAAGGUCUCAAGGUGGAUGUGCUGAGCCUGCAGUACCAGACUGUCCACGGAGUCCCUCUGAACCCUUGUGAAUAUGGGUUCCUGUCCCUCAGCGAGCUACUCAGGAGCCUGCCCUACCUUGUAGAGCUUUACCGUGAAGAACGUGAUGGAGUUCAAGCUACUAACACCACGAGCGAACCUGGUGAGGAGUGGGUGAGGCUGACCAGGCUUUACCAGUUUGCUCGGAAUGUACGUGCACUGCUCCACACCUACCAUUACAACCAGAUCUUCCUGUCCGAGUUCCAAGGAGCUUAUGCAAAGUUUACUGGCCGCAGCCUUGAGGCUCGCUACUAUGGAUACACCAGCACUGAUGAGCUGCUCAGUUCCAUUCCACAGGUGGUCUGGAUCAAAGGGCACGGUCACAAGAGGAUUAUCGUUUUGAAGAACGAUAUGAAAGUGAGGGCAAGUGCUUCAGUCCCCAGCAGCCCACUGUCAGAAGAAAACGUGGCGAGCCCCAGAGAUAGCCCAGCAAGCACCACACGUUCUGAAGCCCAGAGUCCAAGUGGAAUUAUCCUACACAUUUACCUUCCAGGCGCCAAUUUGGCACCACAGUCAGAGCUGCUGUCUAUGAAGUCACCUGUGGACCUUCUCUGUGGUCCGGUACCAUCAUGCUUGCCAUCCCCUCCGCUCCACCCAGACCCUGUCAUCCUGCAGCAGGUGGAUUUGAUGCAUUUUGAGGAGAAAACUGCGCCUGCUUCACAAACAUCAGAAAGUCAAGAACCCAACACGGCAGCUGAUGCAGAGCAACCUGAGGGGGCGCAUCUUCCAACCCGGAACACCAAGACCACUUUGUCCAUGGACAGUCCCAGCAGAAAAGGCCCCCGCAAUCGAAUUAAGCUAGCUGCCAACUUUGCAUUCAAAUCAGGUCUCUAAAACACAACAUCAAGCCGUGCCAGUUGAGCUGUUGUUUGAACUCCAAGCAGAAGAGUUAAGUGGCUGCACUAAUCACAUUGCAGAGAAACUAACCCGAGUCUUUUUGCUUUGCUACUUAAUGGCAUUGCAUGAUCAAGUGUGCUUUUCCUUUCGUUCGUUCAGUCAGUGGUACUCAAAAGCUUUGAUCUGUUCACCUUUUGCAGAUUUUCUGCAAUUUGCAAAAUGUUACACUCCUUAAUUGUUGAAGGAAUUUUGUUGCAUCCCACAGGAAAUUUAAUUUUGUUCCCAGAUGUGCUUGGAAUACAGGAGUCUGGAGAUGAUGCCCAACAUGAGUUAGAUGCCACCACGUGGAACGCAUGCGCAAACAUUUGGAGAGAUGCCAGAGAUGAGUAGCACAGCACACUUGUGUUUUUAGGAAGUUAAAACAAACUCAUUCUCGCUUCAUGUGCUUGACUAAAAGACAGUUUUUAGGGCAGCUGAUCAUUUAUAAAGAACCCCUUGUUUAUACUUUGAGACACAGAAUUUCAGUUGUUUUUUUUUUUUUUUUUAAGAACUUUGUAGGUGCGCCCAGAAUUGGCUAAUACCUCUUUGUUUGCUCUUUUCAGUCUCUUGAUGCUUUAAAGACCUCCAUACCCACGUUUGAAGGUGUCAUAAGAGAUUGCCUCUUUGAGAUCAAGAACGUAAAUGCUGUUGUUUGUGAUGUAGGUGCGCCCGUGGGGUCAUGAGUCUUAACCCAAGGUCUCUCUGGGCCAAUUGUGUGUGUGUGUUUGACCAAGUUAGGAGCCAGCGGCCAACAUCUUUGUUCUUUUAGCUGUGUUGUGUGGUUGUCCGGUUGUGUGACAUAUGCACGGUGUGCAUACAUGAGUUGAUGCAUGGUGUAAGCCCAGCAGCAGCAGACGGGAAAACAUGUUUUAGACCUAUUGGACGUGGGGCCACCUGUGCAGCCGCUACUAAAAUAUUCAAGGUUUUCAGUUUUUUGGCUCAACCUUGUUGCGGCUAGUAGUGUCUGUGGGGGUUUCCUGUCUUUUUCGAUGGGUCAAGGGGAAGCAGUAGAGUGCUCAAAGUUUAUUUUUAAUGGCAGGAUGGUGGUCUUGCUAGUGGAGCAGCACGCAGGCUGUGUAACAGCUCCACGAGAGUGUAGCAUCCACAUAGAAGAGCCACUGUGGCUCUCUGGAAUCUGCUUGGCAUUUACAAUGGCUUGUAUUUGCCGCAGUGCCAAAGGAACGGUCAUAGCAGCUCCCCAGCCAUCACUGGUUGUUAGGUACCCACGUGGCGUCCGCUUCCUUCACUUUUUGCUGUCAAAUGUUUUCUGGUCUGCCAGCUGCUUGGUUGCCACCAAAUGCUUUUGGGUUUACUCUUAAGUUGAACAUGAUAUCAGCACCAUGGAUGUCACAAGUGGCUGUUUUUGUUCAGAAAAGAACAUUUUGGAGAAUGGGUAAGCCCAUUCCACCAGCAUGAUCCACUUUAUGUGUUAACUCGUUCCGUUGUCGUCACGUACACAACGAGAAUUUAAGUUUGCCUUGGAAGCUGAGAGUCCACCUGUUGACCACUUGCCAAAUACUUGUGGCUUGUGCAGCGUAUACCCUCCCCUGCCCUAUGGAACACUUUUUGAUCAAUGAGUGCAGCUCAAGGAGUUGAUGAUGAUGAUGAUAGGAGCUUUAAUUCUCCCCAAGAAAUGUCUAUUUUUUAAACUGUCUAUUUGAGUAAAGCCAAGUUCUUGCUGUUUGGUGACAUCUAACUCAUGGUCGCAUUUGUACCAUGGUGACAUCUAACUCAUGGUCGCAUUUGUACCAUGGUGACAUCUAACUCAUGGUCGCGUUUGUACCAUGGUGACAUCUAACUCAUGGUCGCGUUUGUACCAUGGUGACAUCUAACUCAUGGUCGCGUUUGUACCACUUGAAAUAUGCACUUCUGCAUAGUCGUGGUUCAUGAAAUCAUUAAGAGUACGUAGUUGGAGAAAGAAACUAAUUCUUAGCCUCUGUUUCUUUUUACUAACCCACUUUUGUCUUGCGAGUUUUUUUUUCUCCAUUUACUCCGCAGUUUUGCAUUCCAACACACUACUGCUCAUGAUAAACGCCACUUCUUCAAAAUUCAAACAUAUAUAUUUUUUUAACUGUUGCCUUGUAAUCAGUUUUCAUGUGACACCCAACCACCGCUCAUGAAUCCAUUAUUAAGCUGUACCACAAGUUGUUACUAUUUGUUGAAGGGACCAAACACGUUUGUUAAUAAACCUCACUAAGCAUCA